UUGUUAGGAAGUCCACCUAUUUGAACUUCAUCCAUCUCAAUCCCAAGUUCAAAUGGGGAAAAACGAUUUCUUGACCCCAAAGGCAAUUGCCAACCGAAUAAAAGCAAAGGGCCUGCAGAAGCUACGAUGGUACUGCCAGAUGUGUCAGAAGCAAUGUCGAGAUGAAAAUGGAUUCAAGUGCCACUGCAUGAGUGAGUCCCAUCAACGACAAAUGGAAAUCUUUGGUCAAAACCCUAAUCGCAUUGUCGGUGGCUAUUCUGAGGAAUUUGAGAGCCAAUUCCUUGAGCAUAUGAAGCGCAGUCACCGCUUCAGUCGUAUUGCUGCAACUGUCGUGUACAAUGAGUAUAUUGCUGAUCGCCAUCACGUCCAUAUGAAUUCCACUGAAUGGGCAACAUUAACUGAGUUUGUGAAGUACUUGGGAAAAACAGGAAAGUGUAAGGUUGAAGAGACACCGAAAGGGUGGUUUAUUACCUAUAUUGAUCGAGACUCCGAGACUCUCUUCAAAGAAAAAAUGAAAAACAAGAGAAUUAAGGCAGACCUAGCAGAUGAAGAGAAGCAGGAAAGGGAGAUUAAGAAGCAAAGAGAGCGUGCAGAGCAGUUGAUGGGUGGAGGAAAUAUGGAUGGUACUGAGCAGCAGUUGGAGCUGCAACCGAAACCCUUGGAGAAAUCGGAGACUGAUCAGAAGAUAAAGUUAACAUUGGGCUCGACUUCAAAACCUGUCGUGAAAGAGAGAGCAGAAAGCUCAAAGUUUGUGUUUGAUGAGAUAGAUAAUGAGAAGAGGGAAAAAGGUAACAAGGACGGUGAAAAAGCUGGUAAGAAUGUUAAAGGUGGAGGUAAAUCAGUGUUGGAUGAGUUAAUGCGAGAGGAAGAGCAAGCCAAGGAGCGGAGUAAUAGGAAAGAUUACUGGUUAUGCGAGGGGAUAAUUGUGAAGGUAAUGAGCAAGGCUUUGGCUGACAAGGGUUACUAUAAGCAAAAGGGUGUUAUUCGUAAGGUUAUUGAUAAGUAUGUUGGGGAGAUUGAGAUGCUUGAAAAUAAACAUGUUUUAAGGGUUGAUCAAGAAGAGCUUGAGACUGUAAUUCCCCAAAUUGGAGGUCUUGUGAGGAUUGUUAAUGGUGCAUACCGUGGAUCAAAUGCAAGACUGUUAGCAAUUGAUACAGAUAACUUUUGUGCUAAAGUGCAAAUUGAGAGGGGAAUAUAUGAAGGGAAGAUUCUCAAGGCAAUAGAUUACGAAGACAUAUCCAAAUUGGCUCAAUAGCAGGGAUAAAGGAUGCCAAAGGACUAGUAUUGGUCAAGAACUUCUUGUACUUCUUAUUGUACUUUGCAAGACCACUUGGUUAGUUGUCAGUUAUACAUUAUCGCUAAUGCUGGUUUCUACAUAAGUGAUGGUUGUCUCUAGUCUUUCAUUACUUCUUCUCCCUUUGUUUUGUGAUGUUUUCGUUUUGAUAAGUCAUCAGUCAUUUGUGAUGUCACCAUGCUCUUAUAUGGUUGUUCAUCUUGUAUUUUUGGGAACACUAGUGAUGUUUCACAUCUAAGUUUAGAAGAAGCUGCCGCUACUUUCUUCAA